GAGUUCAAGGCCAGCCUGGUCUACACAGUGAGUUCCAGGUCAGCUAGGAAUAUGUAUGUAUGCAUAUGUAUGUAUAUGUGUGUGAAUGCAUGUAUGUAUAUAUGAAAUUAAUAUUUUUGAGAUAGGGUUUCAUGUAGUCUAAGCUGGCUCAGACUCCAUAUAUAACCUCGACUAAUCUUAAAACUCCCAAUGCCUCUACCCCUAAGUGCUGGGAUUAUAGGUAUGUACCACCACUCAACCACUAAAAUUACAUAAUUUCUAAUGACAUUAAUAUGUGACCAGUUUUGGUUUCCUUAGUAAGUUGAAAUUUACUCAAUUUAAACAGGACUGGAGACUCACGCAGCCUUUAGGUGAAUGAGAACACUACCACUGUAACCCUGACAAAUCUCAAGUGGUGUGCUGGGUAGUCUGAACUUCAAAAUCUAUGCAAUAUUUUCAUGCAAACAGCCUAUGAAAGCCACAAAUUUGUUUCAGAUCACUUUUGUGACUCUAGUUCUGCCUUUUCAGCCUGCAAAGGAAAUGUUCUCCUCAACCCCCGCCCCAACUCCCUGCUGAUGUUUUCCACUUUUCCUGUGAUUUGAAAAAAAGUAAAAAAUUUCCCUUGGUAACCAUUUUCCCUGGUUACUUCUUUGGCUGAUUUUUCCACACAAAGAACUGAAAGGCAUUUAUCCCCAAGGGAAGCAGCUAUUUUAGAUCUGACUAAGAAGUCAGCUAAUAUUUUUCAACAUUCCCUUCUGUUCUUUGUUUUUAAAGAAAGUUCUGGUUUUGUUUCAUUUUCAGCGGGAGACUUAAAUGACACCAAGCAAAGCCUACUUAGUUUAGAUUUCCAGAAGUUGGUGAAAAAAAAAAUCAAACAUGAAACAUGCAGUCUUGUUUUGUCUCAUUCUGCUUAUCAUUUUCCAAACCGAGUGUGAACAAAGUACUAGGAAGCAAAGGAGGAGGGUACAUCAGAGAAGACUCAGGAAGAGUUCCUCACUCCACCACAGAGCAAAGGGGCAGCUUGAAAUUCAACAGACAACUGCGGCACCAGGAACUAGGUUACCCACUGUGAACUUGGAUUACAGUGUGGAGGAAAACUUAGAAUCCCUUCUAAGUUCUCUUGGAGUAGAAUCAAGUUACAAUGUGUUACCAGGAAAGAAAGGACACUGCUUUGUAAAGGGCAUGAUCAUGUACAACAAAGCCGUCUGGUCUCCUGAGCCCUGCAGCACCUGCCUCUGCUCAAAUGGAAGGGUACUUUGUGAUGAAACUGUGUGCCACCCCAAGACGUGUGCCUAUACCAUUAAACCAGAAGGAGAAUGCUGCCCUAUCUGCUCUAAUGAUGAACAAAGAGAAUCCAUUAACAUACUUCACAAGCAAGUGCCACCUCCUCAGAUAGAAAUGGAUCAAGUAGUCAUAAAAGAAGGUCUUCAAUCUGAGGAGGAUGAAGAAGAAAUUCAAGAACAUGUGGAGCACAAGAAAGAAACCUCUGGGCCUACUGAGCUUCACAGUGAUGAGGAAAGAGCAGAGGGAAAGCUGAGGCCUGAGGAGGAAGGGCGGUCAGCACAUCAACCACUCUACUAUGGACAAGGGGAGGAAGAGGGUAAUGAGGAGACUGAGAGGGAAGGAGAGAAGGAAGAGGAAGAGGAGGAUGCCAUAAGAGGAGAUGUGUUCCGGAUGCCCUCCAGGGUAAUACCUGGUACCCCAAGAGGCAGGCCACGCCUGCCCGGAAGCUGUGCCCUUUCCUACAGGACCAUCAGCUGCAUUCAUGCAGCCUUUACCCAGAUCCCACCAAUAACAGCUCCAGAAGUAACAAGCCUGGAGCUGGCGGGGAAUUCAAUCAUUUCCAUUCCGGAUGAAGCAUUUAAUGGAUUACCAAAUUUGGAAAGGCUUGAUCUGAGCAGAAAUAAUAUCACUUCUUCAGGCAUAGGUCCAAAAGCAUUCAAGUUUUUGAAGAAGUUAAUGCGUCUGAACAUGGAUGGAAAUAAUUUGGUACAUAUUCCUUCAGAAUUACCAUCUACACUAGAAGAACUUAAAAUAAACGACAACAAUCUCCAGGCUAUCGAUGAAGAAACUUUAUCAGACUUGAACCAACUUGUCACCUUAGAAUUGGAAGGAAACAAUCUCAGUGAAAUCAAUGUCAAUCCUUUAGCUUUCAAAUCUUUGAAGAGCCUAUCAUAUCUACGUCUGGGAAAAAAUAAAUUUAGAAUCAUACCACAAGGUCUUCCUGCUUCUAUUGAGGAAUUAUACCUAGAAAACAAUCAAAUUGAAGAAAUAACUGAAAUUUGUUUCAAUCAUACCAGAAAGAUCAAUAUGAUUGUACUACGUUAUAAUAAAAUAGAAGAAAGUCGGAUUGCUCCUUUAGCAUGGAUAAAUCAAGAAAAUCUUGAAUCCAUUGACCUGUCCUAUAACAAGCUUUACCAUGUCCCCUCCUAUCUACCUAAGUCUCUGCUGCACCUCGUACUAAUUGGGAACCAGAUUGAACGGAUCCCUGGCUAUGUGUUUGGCCAUAUGGAACCAGGCCUGGAGUACUUGUACCUGUCAUUUAAUAGACUUGCGGAUGAUGGUGUGGACCUAGUCUCAUUCUAUGGGGCAUAUCAUUCUCUGAGAGAAUUAUUUCUGGAUCACAAUGACUUAAAAUCCAUACCACCUGGAAUACCAGAAAUGAAAGCACUGCAUUUUCUGAGGCUGAACAACAAUAAGAUUCGGAAUAUUCUUCCUGAACAAAUUUGUAAUGCUGAAGAUGAGGACUCUGCUCUAGAACAUCUUCAUCUUGAAAACAAUUAUAUUAGACCUAGAGAAAUAUCAUCCUAUGCAUUUUCAUGCAUAAGACUGUAUUCAAGUAUUGUUCUUAAACCACAAAACUUCAAGGCAUUUAAAGACAGCUUCCAUGUCUUCUUCAGCAAGAUCAAAAGAUUAUGAAAAUGUCCUGAACAAGAACAUCUGAAACUGAGAGCCCUGUUGGAAUUCUGUCUAUCAUAUGUCGUCAUUCCCAAAGGGAACAAAUGUUUUAACUUGGUAAGUAUAUCUUCAUGAUUACACAACAAAAAAAUAACAAUAUGACUACUUUUUUCUUUCAAGUUUUGUUUCCUUUUAAAUAUAUAAAUGGAUAGAGUAUAAACUUACAUACUAGCUUAUUUUUUCCUUUGCAUAAAAUGUGAAGAAUGUGAACCCUACACCAGGGAAAGUAGAACUGUCUUAAAAAUAACAUGUGAUUAUACUAAAUGAGUAUUAGUUUGGAAAAGAAAAGGAAUACAUCAUGUUAUUAAAAUGUUCUGGUUUGUUUCUAAGUAACAAUCUCUGUGGUCAAAUAAACUUACAUCAAGUCAUCAGUGGAUAUAAGCAAGUCUUUUGUAAGCUGGGAUCAGCUGGAAAUUCAUUGUUUUGCAGAACCUGAGAAUUACAUUCACAAGCACUGAAUUUGCAUGAGAACUACUGAAGAUUAACCCAACUAGUAUUCCAAAACCCAAAAGAAAAAAGCAUUCUACAUUGUAAGUCCAUUGUAGGACAGCCCUUAGGGACUAUGACUAAAGCUACUUCGCAUAUGUCAAAGUAUUUAUAAAAUGGGCUGGAGAGAUGGCUCAGUCGGUAUACAGUUUACUAUGCAAACAUGGGGACCCCAGUACUCAUGAAAAAAGCUAGACAUAGUGGUGUGUGCUUGUAAUCUCAGCACUGAGAAGGUGGAGACAUGGAUCUCAAGAUUCACUUGCCAGACACACAAGUAAGAGGCUGUCUUAAAACAACGUGGAUGGCACCAGUGGAAUGACACUUGAGGUGACCUUGGGCCUCUACAUGCAUCCACACACAUAUACACACACACACCUGCACACACCUACAUACUUAUGUUCAUGUGCAUGCACACACACAAUGAGAUAUAUAAAACAUCAGCACAAAUCCUACAUGGAUUUAUGUAUGCAAGUUAAGAAACCAUGCCUAAGACUGGAGAGAUGGCUCAGUGAUUAAGAGCACACACAGACUGCUCUUGCCUAAGAUUCAAUUACCAGCAUCCACGUGACAGCUCACAACCACCUGAAACUCCAGUUCCAGGGAUUUGGUCUCUGCAGGCACCAGGCACACACAUAAUACACAUAUAUACAUAACGAUAUGCAGAAAAAAACACUUGUAUACAUAUAAUAAAAAUAAGGAAGUCUUAAGAUAAAAAGAAAAGAAACCUUGCCUAGGGUAACAAACAACUAAACU